AUGCUCGUCACCAAGGCUCUCGCUCUGGCCUUUGCCGCCCUCGUCACGGCCGCGCCCCCCCAACCCGGCUUCAAGGGCGACAAGUUCAUGGUGAGCCUCAACUCCGGCUCGUCCAGCACUGCCAUCGCCGGCUUCAAAGUACGCUCCGUCGAGGUCGAUAACCGCGGCCAGUGCAGCCUGUAUCGGGGCGAGCAAUGCGACGGCGACGAGAGGUUAUUUACCCAGAGCGAGAUGCACAUGGACGACAACCAGUGGCGGUCUGUUAACUGCACCCGCGGACGCCGCCAGGAAUAG